CGAAAACUUAGUGGAUUGUAACCUAUAUAACUUCCUGCUUCAUUUUGUAAUAAUAAACAAAGAAGAUGUAAGGCAUGUCUGGUGUUGGUGAAAAGUCGCGGGAACUAUGCGGGUUUCUCAAGGUGGAGGACAGUAAACACCAGUUCUCCAAAAGACGUUUCUUCCAUCUUGAUCUCAACAAUCAAACACUCAGUAUUUACCUUGAUCAUCCAAAUGAUUUGCCAAAGACAUGCAAGACAAAUGAGCCAUAUGAAGUAAUAUAUCUUAACUUUGUGUCACAGGUUAGCGAUGCACGAAAGGCUCGUCCCAAGGCUGGCUAUUGCUUCUGUAUCACACACACUGGUGACCAGUCCUUUUAUCAAGCAGAAAAUGAAGAGCAGAUGAACAAAUGGAUUGAAGCUCUAAAUGAGGCCUGUAAAAUAACGGUUCACGACUAUGAGGUAAAGACAACGAAGCUGGCUCCACCCAAUUCGAGGAACGAGGUUGCCGGUGGGGUCAUUAUAACAACCAAACCAGAGAACCAUGACAGCGGUGCAGAAUCAGUUGAACAUAACCUUCCAGCCCUGUCACUGCAGUGUUAUAAGUCUGGCUAUGCUGUGAAGCAGGGUGCUCUGCGCAAAAAUUGGAAGAAACGGUAUUUUGUCCUCGACUCAAAUGGAUUUUCAUACUACAAACAUGACCAGGACAAAGAGCCUAUCAAAACCCUUCCUUUACACGAGAUUCUGCAAGCAAGGCUUGUGGCAGGGGAGCACCAUCCACAUCGCCAAAACCUGUUUGAAGUUCAAACUGCUGAUAGAACAUACUAUGUUCAGUGUGAGAAGUCUGAGGAAUGUCAAAAGUGGGUGUCCUCUAUCAACCAGUAUUCCCACCAGUUGUCUGUCUGUCAUGGCCUUGAACAUGUGAACAGUUUCACGCAAUUACAUGCCACCCCAAAAAAGGGAACACAGCUUUCUAAGUCCGGUCAAGGACGGCCAACAGUCGUCUGUCACCUUGCAGCGCCCAACAAGCCAGGAACCAACAAAACCCAGCAGAUCAGUCUGGGUAUGACCUUGACCUUUCCUGCUGACCUUCAACUCGACAUGCGUGACCUUUAAUCUUCAAGCAUGCUACUAACUUGAACUUUGAUGGCAUGGCCUGUCUGAAAUACCUGUGCAAUGACAAUGUUUCAUGUUGAAUGUAAUAACUAUAGAGUCUUUGAACAAGUGUGUGUACCUCAUGAUGUAGACCAAAGGUUUCUGGUAAUAAAUAAAUAAUUCCUGUGCUAUUCAAGGUGCAAAAUCACUCCCGAGCAGACCUUUAAUCUUCAAGCAUGCUACUAACUUGAACUUUGAUGGCAGUCCUACUGCAUGAAUCUAUGAAAAAUAAAAAUCAAUUCUUAACUGAAAAAUGAUGAUUUAUAAAGGAGAAAUUUUGAUAAACCUUUGUUCUACAUUUUCAGAAACGCACAAUAGAAUGCCGAUCCUUGAUAGUUUAUGUUCACUAUGUGACCUAUACUACACCAUAUUUUCAGUUUCUGUUUUGUAUUGGACUUUAUUAUUUUGUAUUGUUAUUAUUUUGGCUUGUCCCUGUAGUUUCUCUAUCCUGACAGGAAUUUCAUAUUUAUAGCAAUUUUAUAUUUAUUUUCAUUACCUCUGGAUUAAAUUUCUAUUUUGCAUGAGCUGGACAAUUUAACUAUCACCACUGCUGCCUAUCACUAUGUCAGGCCAAUAUCAGUUAAUUGCUAGAAUUUCAUCCAUUUUUUUAAAAUUAUUUUUCAUUUUUCUUAGAUGACUGUUUCACCGUUGAAUACCGCUUUUUCUUAUUGCAUAAAGGGACUAUAUACAUGUGUUUUAGAGGCGCCACAAACACAAUCAUAACAUAUCAAACAGUGGGUAUGUACAAAAGCGUUGUUUCCGGACAGUACUGGACAAAUCCACAAAUACAAAUCUUAGUUCAAUAUUUUUAUUUGAGUCAAUAAAAUUUAAAGGGGUGGUGGAAAACAGGAGGUGGGCGGGAAUGAAAAUCUAGAAAUUAAUUUAUAGUCGCCUUACAAUACUGACAUCUUAUAUCGUUGCUUAAGGAUUUUGUUCUUUCUUAGUUCUGUUUAUGAUCUUCAUAAUGUAGAAAUAGUGUAGUGCUAGAUAUAUCAUGGAUACCAUUAUGAUCUCAUUAGACAUAUAAUUAUGUUUCCUGCAUGACAUUUUAUCAAGAAUUUAAGUAUCUUUUAUGCGUUUUCGGUAAACAUGGGAACCUAUAUCUGAGCGCACAUACUAAGUGUCAAAUAUUUUUUUCAUCUUUAUCGGAAAUACAUGAUUGAUUGCUUUUUCCAAUUAUUUAACUUUUAAAUGUUAUCAAUUUUGACACUAAAAAUGCAGUUAUUGUAAGUUUGACGUAGACUCAAAAGUGUGUGAGGUGUGUUUACUGACCUCAUGGUGCAGGAAAUUGAAAUAAUACUUGAUGUCAAAUAAGCUGUUAGAAGAUCGCAAUUUUGAAAAAUUACAAUAAUAAUUUGUAAUUUGUUUCAUUUAUCAAAUGACUAUUAAUUUUUUUGUUUUUUUCUCCGAAAGUUCAAAAUUUUAUUUACUGAGACACAAAGUAUUACAUUAUAAUUUUUUUAAUUUACGGACUGUUGUGGGUUAAUGGAAUGUUCUUCCCUAGAAUGGAAGGUCAAUUUUUCCAGGGCUUGUCACAGGAAACACUUGUUUGGUAUGCAAGUUGCCAUUUAGCCUGCUAUGUUUCACCAACAAAUAGUGUUAAAUGUGAUCCAGGACUUCUAGUAAAUGGGUAAACAAAGCAUAAUAAAUUAUUUAUUAACUAGUAAUUGGGUUGUGCAGUGCACAGAAACGCGCCAAAUACAUGAUAAAAAUUAUACUCAAUUUUAAGAAAUUGUUGUGACAUAUAUUAAUAACGUUUCCUUACAAAUUUUUUUGAGAAAUGACUGAUGCUGACCUGGCAUAAACUGCAUGGUGUUUUUGUUCAUUGUUUGUUUGCUCCUCUUUUUUCCAAAAAAAAAAUCCAGAUAUUUUGAUUGUCUCCGUGAAGUCAUCGUUGGUGAAAUACUUUGAUUUACAUGUAAAAGUACGGAGAUUACUUUUUUGUCAGCGUCGUCAGAUGAGUUGUGUGAAAUCUCAACACUUUAGUUUAUUUGUCCUAUUUCAUAAUAUUAAAACCAUUAUUAAAUAUAUAAACACAUAGACAUGAAACUUAGUACACAGUUAUGGUACUUAUACCAAUUUAUACGGGCAUGUGUAGCAAUCUCAAUCCUUAAUUUUAGCAUAUUUUAUUUUAACAAGCUGAUGUACCAGUAUAUUAAUGAUAAGCUGACAAGUAAAGUCACUAAUUCACAUUAACAUUUAUUUAGUUUCUGGUAGAUCACAUUUAAGGAAACCUUGGACGUUACCAAAAAAUAGUUCAAGAUAUUCAUAUGAACCUGGUACAAAUGAUAUGAUAGACAAUGUGCACAUAACUCUAGCUGAAAAUAAUAAUUAAAUGAUAAAAUAAUUAUUGAGUUAUUCCCCUUAUUGGAAUGAAAAAAAACAACAGAUAAGUGUUUGGUUUUUGCUCCAUGCUGCUCCUGUACUGCUCUCUGAUAUUAUGCCUUCUCUUGUCAUUUUGUUUUGUUCAGUAAACGUUUGUAGGUACCAAAUAUACACUGCUGUGCUAGUACUAUAUAUAUAAAUUGUAAUCUUGCCUGAAAUGGCAUACUAGUGAAUGUCUGAUUUUACAGAUAAGAUAUCAUGCAAGAUUGUUUUAUUGCUGAUAAUAUAUAACAUUCCAAUGUUUUGUAUCUUGUCACUUUAAUAUUAUGUAUUUAUUUUUAUCCAUGUAAUCCAUGUGUGUCUAGAAUCAUGACCUGCCCAUACCUGUCUGACCAGGCCCAAUCAGGUGCAUUUAUCAAGUCAUGUGACAGUUCUUGUUUCUUUUUUUGACAUUCCAUUCCACUUUGAUGAAUAUAUAUCUUAUCAGUUAAGUCGCAUUUUUAUAUUUUCAUGAUAGUGUAUGCAGCUAUAGCAAGAUAUAACUAUCAUUAGUUUACAUGUUAUAAUGAAUGUGUCGUUUUCUGUCCUUUUAAAGGUGCUGCCCUACGUGUGUAAAACUAGUGUAAAAAGCAUCAUAGCACCAGUAUAUUGUGAACUAUAAGUUAAUUAGAAUCAAUUAAACACAGAAAAUAUGUUUUAUGACGUGUUGAUAAGCUCAACAACCAAUUUUCAUUUAGUUCCUUUAAAUGAUUUGUUUCAAUGUUUAGACAAUAUAUAGACUCAAAUGUGUUUUAUGUGCCAUUUUCUGAAAUCAAAUCCAUUUGAUAUUUUACUUUUAUGUUUUAAAACCAGUGAGUUUGUCUGUACAUUUGUCAUAAUACUUCAAGUGCAGAUCAUGCUCAACUGAUACAACUUUACUUAUUUCAAAAGGCAUUUAACUUAAUGUACGAAUUUUACAUCCGUUUUACGUCCGGUACUUUCAUGGAAAAUGUUAAGUGUAUAUCAAGUUUUGAGUGUUCAAAAUUACAUAAUUAUACAUGCAUUGUUCAUGUGUUUACCACUUAUUCCAGUAUUCACAAAAAAAGUACUAAAAGUGUGGAUUUUGGGCCAAUUUUGCGUACAGCACUGCUCGAUUUUAUUGAUUUCGGAAACCGAUUUGAAUAGAUUAAAAGUGGUGUUACGGUUACCCACAAACAUCAUUCUUAUGACAGCAGUGAAAAUGUUUGUCAAUAAAACCAUUUUGUUUUUCCUGUUUAUGUACUGUUUAAAAACUUAUAUAUCUUAUACUCAAUGUUUAUCAAUAUUUGUUAAUCUUCAAUGCAUUUGUUUGCUGAUUCUUAGUUUGACCUUGUUAUUGAUUUUAAGAAAAUGUUGAGUUAUUGUCAUAGCAUUUGUGUUGUUGACAUCAGCACCGUUGUCCAAAAGCUUUCACCUUGGCCUCUCAAAAACUGUUUGAGAUAUUCACACGAAAUAUUGUACAGAUGUUAUUAGUGGCAAUAUUAACAAGUGUAGCAAGGUACAUAACUCUGGAUUUAUCUUUAGUAAAAAAAAACAAACCCUUGAUAAUUUGAAAAGGUCGUGCCAAAAAGCUGAUCUUGGUCAUAAGUUAAUGAUUGUUUAAGAUGGUUCAAUGAAACUUUGUGCACAUUUAACUAGUGACAUCUUGCUCAUUUGUAGCAAGGCCCAUAACUCUGACUUAAAUGAGUUAUACCAGUUAUUUGACUGAAAAAAAUGGAUGGUCACUGGCGUUCCCUCUGUAUCACUCUUGUUUCUUGUAUGCAUGGAAGUAACAAAUAAAGAUAUUAAAUGUUU